AUGGAGAAUGGAUCGGUGGUGAUGUCAUUCAUAUUGAUGCACUUUUCUGAACUUGAAGACCAUAGAUAUGUAUACUUUGCAAGCUUCCUGUUAUUGUACAUCCUUAUGGUAUUAUCAAAUAUAAUUCUUAUUUCAGUCAUUUACAUCGAACCCGGUCUACAUGAACCCAUGUAUUUUUUUAUGUGUAAUUUAGCAGUGAAUGGAAUUUAUGGCAGUAUAUCUUUACUGCCAUCAGUUCUUGGUAAUUUAAUGUCUCAUACUUAUGAAAUAUCUCUGACUUAUUGUCUUUUACAGAUAUUUUGUAUACACACAUAUGCUAUAGUUGAAUUUACUAUUUUAGCAGUGAUGGGCUAUGACCGUUAUGUCGCCAUUUGUCAUCCAUUACACUAUCACCAAUUAAUGUCUCAUAGAAAAGUGUGCACACUUAUUGCAUUGUCUUGGUUUUAUCCUUAUAUUAUUUUUGGACUCUAUUUCAUAUUAACUUUACAGCGUACAUUUUGUGACAGGAUUAUUGAAAAAGUGUAUUGUGUCAACUUUGAAUUGGUCAAACUAUCUUGUUUUGAAACUACUUUUCAGAGCAAAGUUGGCUUUGUUGUAACUAUUUUUGGAAUUGUUCUACAGUUGCUCAUGAUACUAUUUUCCUAUGUUCAAAUACUCAGAAUUUGCUUAUAUGCUUCUAAGGAAUCUCAGACCAAAGCUCUUAAAACAUGCACCCCUCACUUACUGUCUGUGAUUAACUAUACAAUAGGAUGCUAUUUAGAAAUUAUUUCAAGUCGUUUCAACAUGAAUCAUGUACCAUAUAAAGCUCGCAUAUUCCUAUCUAUUUAUUUUCUGAUAUUUCCCCCAUUGUUUAAUCCUGUCAUUUAUGGAAUUAGUAUUCAAGCCAUCAGGGUUCAGAUUUUUAAACUGUUCAUUACUUGUAAAAAUAAGUUAACUCCACUGCAGGUGAUGAUGUAA